CAUAGGACACGCCUCGCAUAAAUUCCUUUCCUUCCUCACACUUCAAUCCAUCGACAGCUCUCUCUCUCUCCCUCUCCCUCUCCCUCUCCCUCCCCUCCAUAUCGAGAGGUGUCUCGAACAAUAAUCUUCCCUUCUCACGCGACUCAGCCUCCAAUGCCACGAGCUUCUCACUCUCGAUUCAGACGUUUCAGGUACCAUUUGUACUCUGUUCACUUCGUGAAACGCCUGACCCUUCACAUUUUCUGAUCAGCGUCGUCUACACACACGCGCGCGCGCGCACACACACACACACAUAUAUGUAUUCAUAUAUAUCUGUUUAUAUAUCUAUAUAUGUCGCCUUUAACGCCCAUGUAAAUCGCAAUUCAGAUCUUCAGUUACGGAAUUAUUUGUAGAGAUGUAAUCAAUGUCGGAUCUAUAGAAUUUCUAGUGUUAUCUUGUUAAUUCGAGCUAAUGGAAUGAUUUAGGGUUUCAAUUUGUUCAAACCCAUUUUGUAAAAUCAUUCAUUUUGUUGAAUUUCGAAGAAAAAAUGGAAACUUCUAGUGAAAACAAGGGGAGAUAUGAGGAACCAGAUCCUCAAAAUUUUGAAUUGGAACGGUCGGAUCAUAGUAUUCGAUCGGAUCAACAAUUUCGUUCGAUGAAUGCGUUGGAGAUUUUGAGAGAAACUGUUCGAAUUCUUCGGUACAAUUUGAUGGGUUUCAUGGCCAUUGCAGCAUUGCUUGUAUGCCCUGUAUCGGCUGUUCUUUUAACCAAUGUAUUGGUUGAUCAAUCCAUUGUGAAGAGAGUGACUGUAAGGCUCUUGUUAGUGGUAAAGUCCAGUGGUCUCCCUCUUAGGCCUUUUAUCAAACAGUCGUGCCAAAAGUUUUCGGAGAUGGCCAUUUCAACUGCAAUGUGCUUCCCUUUGUAUAUCACAUUGUCAUUGUUGUCAAAAGCUGCUGUUGUUUACUCGGUGGAUUGUACUUAUUCGAGAAAAAAGUUCAAUGCAUCCAAGUUCUUUGUGAUUGUUACCAAGAUUUGGAGGCGGGUUGUUUCGACGUAUUUGUGGGUGUGUAUGGUGGUUGUAGGUUGCCUCACAUUGUUUCUUCUCCUCAUUGUACUUGUGGGCAGCUUAUUUUCCAUAAUUGGGUUUCCUUCUGAUGUAAUUGUUUAUCCUGCGAUUGUGGUUGGGCUCAUCUUCUCGAUCACUUUUGCAAAUGUCAUCAUUGUAUGCAAUAUUGCUAUUGUAAUCUCUGUAUUGGAGGAUGUUUCAGGGCCGCAGGCAUUGCUGCGGUCUGGUGUGUUGAUUAGGGGCCAGACUCAGGUGGGUCUUUUGAUAUUUCUUGGAUCCACGAUUGGGAUGGCGUUUGUGGAGGGUUUGUUUGAGCACAGAGUGAAGACGCUAAGCUAUGGAGAUGGGUCGUCAAGGAUAUGGGAAGGGCCUCUUUUGGUGCUUAUGUAUUCAUUUGUAGUGCUUAUUGAUUCCAUGAUGAGCGCGGUUUACUAUUUCAGUUGUCGAUCUUAUAGUAUGGAAACCUCAAAUGGAGAAUGUCGAUCAGUUUUAGAAGCCAUGACCAUUUCCCCUAGAACAAUGGAUGGCCAAUGACAUCAUGUUAUAACAUGAUGUAUGAUCUGAGUGGUUUUGUUGAGGUGAAAACAAGAAGGUGGGAGCUGUUAUUGGGAAGUCAGGAUAUUGUAGCCCAUCCUGUGUUCUUGCUCCCCUGAUGGAUGAAGGAUGUGUAAAAGGUUAUUUGUGUAACUGAACCUUCCCCGAGAAGCAUUUUUGGCAGACGGUCUCUCAACUCUUUGGUUAACAUAGGAUCAUAAAAGUGCAGUGUUUAUGGCAGACGGUCUCUCAACUCUUUGGUUAAUAUAGGAUUAUAAAAGUGCAGUGCUUCUUCAGUAAUCUACAAACAUGGGAGCUGAGCGAAACCAUCUCAAAGCUCGGUAAUUGCAGCAUUGAUGACUGAGUUGUAUUGCUUGUGGGAAAUUUUUUGGACAUUCAAUGCCCUGUAUUUUUUGUUGUCAAUCAUAGUUAGUACAGAUUUUUUUUUUUUUAUUACUUAUAUACCACACUCUUGGCCAGAGAGUGGGAUCUUUGUCGACGUAAGGCAACAUUUCUUCCUUCGCAGUCUUGGCAUAUUUUGCAAUGAAUUAGAAUGCAUUUCAUACUUAUUGACAUGCACUCACUA